AUGCCUCCCAUUGUCUACCCCCCCUCGUACUCUGCGCAGGGUGCUCACUAUCCUGGCUUCUAUGUGCCAUCAUACCAUCCACAGGCCCAGGCGGCAGCUCUCGCUCCUCUUGGUCCCAUUCCUCUUCCUCCUCUUGAUCCCACUCCUCUCCCUCCUCUUGGUCCCACUGCUCUCCCUUUUCUUGGUCCCACUCCUCUGGAGUAUGGAAUGGGUACGUUCCCCGGACCUGAGUGGCAGCAGGGGCACUAUGGGUCUGGGUAUGGCCUGCCUGGAUAUAGCCAGUUCCAGCAUCAUCAGCCUCAGCCAUAUCAGCCCCUGUUCUGGGGGCAUCAUGGUUAUUCAGGGCAGAUGAACGCUGGGAACGGCCAGCCAAUGCAGUUGACCGAUGCAACUGCCCAGGGAAUGCUUCCCAAGGAGAACACCAUCUUCGUCGGCAACCUAAAGAACAACGUCGACGUACGAUGCCUCGUCGCAGGUAUCAAACAGAUAUUUGCAGGACUAGGUCUCUGCUGGGUCAAGUUGCAUAUGACCAUCAAGACCCGAAAUGGCACGAGCUGCAGUCUCCCUACUGCCUUUGUCACGUUCUGGACCUCCGACAUAGCACGAGCGGUGCUCAACAGGGCAGAGCCCUUCAGAUUGUACGGUCGUGACUUGCGCAUUGAAGCAGUCGAUGGAGGCCGAUUUUAUCCGAGGCCCGCCAACACACAGCCAGUCCCGCACUAUCAGGGCGUCCCAGAGGCAGGCUCCCCGGGCGUCCCAGAGGCAGGCUCCCCGGGCGUCCCAAGGCCAAGCGGCCAGGCCAUCCCAGCUCAAGAAGACCAGAGCCGCAAUGAGAAGGACCCGCCGGUCGAAAUCAUAGAAUGCAUGUAUGACGAGGAGUACGCUGCGGUGCGCCGAGUUUACAUGGAGGCGGAAAUGCGGAAGAAGGGGCUUACUCUUCCCAAGAAGGACAGCCAAGCGCCUCAGGGCUCUUCCUCCUCCUCCUCCUCCUCCUCCUCCUCCUCUUCGCUGCUGAAGCAGAGCAACGAGGUUGACGAGGAGAAAAGAAAGAGGAUCAAAAAGACCGUGACGUACGUGAAGAAGUUGUUGAACAUCCCAAUGGAGGAUGAAGAGGACGCAGCGGAGAUCCCUCAGCCGUCGCCACAGAUCGUCGUCGCAGCCAAGGACGUCUCAGCGACCCCCUCCCCCCUCACGGAGGGAAGCAGUACUACUGGCGAAACAUCGUCUGCUGCUUCUUGUGCCCUUGAAGAGCCUCAGAAGUCUGAGGGUGACGUUCCCAUGCCUGCAGGCGCCGAUGUCUGAGGGGGCUUCGUGGUUUUUGGUUUCUUGAUUUUGAAUAUCUCUUGCUAAAUGUUGCUUAAUUUGCUUUUGGGGGUUAUCUGUUUGUUUCUUGACUUGCUGAUCUUUUUGAAUCUCCUCUUGGAAAUCAUCACAUCACUUAACUUGUCAGGUGUUCGGUAGUGUUCUUCACCUGCGUAUACCCAUUUUGUCAUGCUUCUUGGCUGGAGUCAUGUGCGAGUGAAGUUUUUCGGGCCCUGACUUGAUAAAGUCCUCUUUCUUGCUCUUGCUCUUGUGUCUUGCGAUAUGCAUCAUGUGUCAGUACUUUUGUGGUGUUGAAUGCGAGUGAUCUUGCUCCAAGUCUUUCCUCUAUGAUCACGUAGCGUACUGUACCUGUAGACUGACACCUCGUGUCACAGAGUAAGGAGCCAGUUGCAUUUGUAACUGUAGAGUGAUUACUCGUAGAACAGGGAAACAGGCCGCAUAAAAAAG